AUGCCCAGAAAUGCUGUACAAAUUGUUGUCGAUGGUAUGGAAACAGUACUUUCAGAAGGUAUUGGUGUUUUUGUUAAAAGUAGUGCACAACAAUUGUUGUCUGAAGRACCAAAAGAAAUGGUUAUUGGUCAAAGACUCAAUAAUGUUGUUAAAAAUGGUAUAUCCAUCCUAGAACCUUCUGACUUACAAAAUGUGCUUUCUGAAACAUUAGACCAUAUGAAAACUUUAAAAUCAGAUAAUAAAGCUAUUCAAAACUUUAUUCAAGGCACAUAUUUGCAAAGCAGAGCUUUUAGUCACAAUGAACGCGUUGUGUUUCCACUUUUCGUUUUUUUUGACGAUUUUGAAAGUGGAAAUGCCCAUGGUAGCCAUUCUGGAAUACAUAAAUUAGGAGGAGUUUAUAUCUCGGUUGAAUUUGGAAAUAGGAUUAUUUUUCAGCCUCAAAUGGAUGAAUUAAAUUUUUUACAAGAAACUGGUAUUGAAAUAAGUGACAACUUAGGAUUGCAUUCCAUCACAGGUUUUACUGAGAGUUUCUCCUCACACUUUCCAUGUAGAAUGUGUACAAYGAGAAAAGAAGAUAUAUGGGUUCAAUGUUAUGAAGAUGUGAGUUUAUUAAGACAUACUGAUCAGUAUUAUGCUCAAUUAUUAAUGAAUGAUGUGUCUGCUACUGGUGUAAGAGAAAAGUGUAUUUGGUUURAUGUGAAUAAUUUUAAUUUAUUUGAUCAACUAGGAGUAGACGUAAUGCACAACAUGCUAGAAGGAUGUUCUAAGUAUAUUAUGAGCUUCAUUUUAAAAUACUAUAUUAAGGAAUCAAAGCUUUUUACGCUACAAGUAUUGAACGACAGACUAGUUUGCUUUGACUAUGGACCUGAAAACAAUAAGCCAUGUGCACUUACUGAAUACUAUAUUAUACAAGGAAAUAUUAGACAAUCUGCAUCCGAAAUGUUGACAUUAGUAAGACUUGGUAGAAUUUCAAAUUUUGAAGUUGUACGUUUAAGUGUGCUGAUUGUUGGCAGAGAAAGUGUUGWUUUAAUGAAAUUAUAA